CGUUACAAAACCAACUUCAUUCAGAAAGAACAACAAUGUUUUACUUUCACUGUCCACCCCAGUUGGACGGGGAAUGCUGCCGGACAAAUACCUUGAACACCAGCGGAUUUGGCAACCAUGCUACUGGGGAUUUUGAUGAUGGCUUUCUAAGAAGGAAACAGCGCAGAAAUAGGACAACGUUUACUUUACAGCAGUUGGAGGCACUGGAAGCGGUUUUUGCUCAGACUCACUAUCCGGAUGUAUUCACGAGAGAAGAGCUGGCAAUGAAGAUAAACCUAACCGAAGCUCGGGUUCAGGUAUGGUUUCAGAACCGGAGAGCCAAGUGGCGGAAAACGGAGAGAGGAAACUCGGAUCAAGAGGGUGGCAAAGACCAACUGAACGAGGGGACCCCUCCCGUGAGAAACCUGAACUCCCCGUCUCCCAUCGACCCGGGCAGAAACAAAAAAGAACACCUAGACGUGCAACCAAGCAUAAACAGAGCUGUUGGUCCAGGCGGGCCGUUCUUCCCGUCCUGUUUGCCGGGUACGCUUCUGAAUACAGCUACCUACGCCCAGGCCCUGUCUCAAGUCGCAACACUUAAAGGAGGCCCGCUGUGCUCCUGCUGUGUGCCCGACCCCAUGGGCCUGUCCUUCCUGCCCCCGUACGGUUGUCAGAGCAACAGGACGGCGAGCGUGGCGGCUCUGCGCAUGAAGGCGCGGGAACACUCCGAGGCCGUGCUGCAGUCCGCCAACCUGCUGAGCGCCGGCGUGGGCCCCGGCCCCGGCCCCGGCCCGGCCCCCAGCCCCACGGGCCCCGCCGGCCCCGCCAAGCCCCCCGCGCCCAACGCCGCCCCCGCCCCCGCGCCAGAGACCGGCCCGGACAAGCCCCCGCACUGCCCCAAGGAGGCCAUGGAGAAGAAGCGCUUGUGA